AUGGACAGCCCGCUCGUCUCGCCCGCCAAAGCACGUCAGGCUGCUAUCCAAGCCAAGGACUGGGCCUAUGUGAAUUCUUGGCUGGGCCGCCACUAUGCGCCCAAGCUGGUCCCCCAAUUCGAGCGCAACGCAGACACCCUCCGCGUCCUGUUAACCCUGGCCGCCGCCAAUGACGCGGCCGACGAGGAAGCCACUCUCCAGCACCGGGCGCGCGAAGAAGUCGUGGACGCAUUCAGACGCCAGGAAGGGGCAGACAAGAAUGACCUGCACGAGCAGCAAAAGAAUGCCCUCCUCGACGAGGUGGAACUGUGUCUCGACGACAAGGGCCAACGCGAUCUAGACGAUCUCGCCGACUCAGCUAUCAUCCUGGGGAAUACAUUGGAUCCAGCAGUAGGGGACGUGGGCCAGUCAAUCGCCGAGCUCACAGUCGAGGAAUUCGAAACCCAAACCCAGCUCGCCAAGGUCGAAACACUACACAAAUACCUCGAGCGAGAACUCGCGCGUCUCCGCCAGGAACUGGACGAGCUGCGCACCGACUCAGCAUACGAAGCCCCAUCAAAUAUCCAGGGAAUGACUACGGACUGGGCACGAGGCACGAAAAUGCUGACGGCCAAGGUCGGCGAGUACCAGGACCGCAUAGCGUCGCUGGAGCGAAACCAGCCGCAGGGCCCGACGAUUGAUGAAGUGAUGGUCGACGAGGACGGUGUCAUUCGUCUCCGCGAGAUGGUCAAGGCGUUGGAGGGCCGCGUGCGCGCGUUCCAUGACUUGCCCAAGGAUGUGCCCGGGGCGCGGGCGCGGUAUAAGCAGCUGGAGCGCGAGCUGGGCCAGUUGAUGCGGCAGCGCGAUUCGAUGUUUGGCAGUCUUGUUGAGCGGUGA